CAAAAUAUCGAAAUCAAAAGUAGUUUUGAUUUUCAUUCAAGAUGAGAACAUCAAAUCAGUCAAACAAUCAACUCAUCACUAAGGAUACUACUACUACUACUACUACUACUACUGAUACUAUUCAAAACAACAACAACAACCAUGUUCAACUACCACUUCAACAAAUCAAUUCACCUGAUUUCUUACUCAAUCCAAACCCAUUUAACUUUAUACCCAAUAACACUAGUACUACAUCCAUCGAUUUCAAUCAACCAUCAUCAUCAUCUACCAUCUCAAUCUCAAACCAAUCUCAAAACCAACACCAUAUGAAUCAAACUUCAUCAGGAAAUUACAGAGUUAGUGCAUUCGGAGUAUCAGAUCAUCAAUCUUCACAUUUAAUCCAUCCAGGCAUGGUAAAUGGAAAACCCGGGGGAGGAGACUGUGCCAAACUAUGUCCACGUCAUCAAAGAAUGGCGAACGAAGGCACGAACCGACAACUCCAAGCGGAGAUCGAAACCUUACCAGAAUCCGAUCAAGAAGCCAUCAACACAGCCUGGGGACUUUUCUCAUCCUCAAACACCCAACGUCGUAGACUAAUCCUAAGCGGUCUACUCACAAUCUGUUGUCCAUCCCAACUCCGAUUCUUAACAGAUUCAUUAAAGAAAGUCUGUAGAAUUGAUCCUUUUAGUAGGUUACCUAAAGAGAUUAGUUUAAAGAUUUUGUGUUAUGUUGAUGCAAUCAGUUUGGGUAAAUCGGCACAGGUUUCAAGGCUUUGGAAAAAAUUGUCGGAUGAUGAUUUGAUUUGGAGAUUAAUGUGUGAACAACAUAUUGAAAAGAAAUGUACGAAAUGUGGUUGGGGUUUACCAUUGAUGGAAAAACGCAAACGGAUGGAUCCAUCCACAUCAACUAUCAAAAGUAAAGAAACUCACGAUCAGACCUCAGAUUCGAUUCAUUUACAUCCAAACAAACGGAUUUGUCAAAGAGAUGAUGGCGAGACCGAUCUGAUUGCUUCUACUUCCACCACAACUUCCACCAAGUUCACCAACCCAAUCCGAUCCCCAAAUCCUCCUAAUCCGAUUCCCACCCCAACAUGUCGUACACCUACCAAACCAUGGAAGAUGGUGUAUACCGAAAGAUUAGCCCUAGAACGAAACUGGCGCAAAGGAAUCUAUGAGGAGACAAUCCUAAGUGGACAUACAGAUUCGAUCACCUGUUUACAACUAGAAGAACACUUCACAUCACCAUCAUGGCCGAUCUUGAUGACCGGUAGUUGGGAUCGAACUAUAAGAGUAUGGAAUUUAGAAACUAAAGAAACUAUGAAUGUUUUAAAAGGUCAUACUAGAGGGAUCAGAUGUUUACAAUUCGAUAAGAGUAAAUUGAUCACUGGGGCUAUGGAUGGGAACCUUAAGAUUUGGAAUUGGAGAACGGGUGAGUGUAUGAGAAGUAUUCAGGCUCAUGAAGAAGGUGUGGUUUGUUUAAAGUUUGAUGAAGAAAUCUUGGCGAGUGGUAGUGCGGAUGGAACAAUAAGAAUAUGGAACUUUAAAACCGGUGGAGGAUUCGUUCUAAGAGGCCAUCGAGAAUGGGUGAAUUCAGUGGAGAUAUGGUCACCAUCCAAUCCAAUCCAUUCUACAACCACUUCAACCGCAUCAGAUGAUGGAUUAAUAAAAGUUUGGAAUUUAGAUCGAAGAGAGACAGUAAGGGUUUUAGAAGGUCAUAUGGCCCAAGUCCAAUCUAUUAAACUGAUUACCAUAGAUGAAGUUGAGAAUGAUGAACAAGUCGAAACGAAUGGAGAUGGUAAUGAAGAUCAACUUGAACCGAUCUUUGGGAACGGAGUCUUGAGGGGUAAAAAACCGGUCUUGGUUUCUGGUAGUUUGGAUAAUUGUUUAAAGGUUUGGGAUUUGGAGAAGGGAAGGUGUAGGAGAACUAUGUUUGGACAUAUUCAAGGGGUUUGGAAUGUUGAUGCUGAUAGAUUAAGAGUGGUUAGUGGUUCACAUGAUAGAUCAUUAAAGAUUUGGGAUAGGAUCACAGGGAAAUGUAUUCAUACGAUCGUAGGACACAGAGGAGCGGUGAUGACGAUUGGAUUAAGUGAUGAUAAGAUCAUUAGUGGAGGAGAUGAUGGAGAAGUAAGGAUUUGGUCGUUUGCUCCGGUUGAACAUGGGUUGAGACUUCAUCAGCAUCAUUUGAAUCAACUUCAGUUACAGCAUGAUCAUCAACUUCAACAUGAUCAGCAACUUCAACUCGAUCAGCAACUUCAACAUCAACAUGAUCAUCAAGAUCUUAAUGAAGAUGAAGAGAAGUAUGAAGACCUUAAUCGAGAUGAAGACAAAGAUGAAGACAAAGACAAAAUUAAAGUAUGUGAAAUUGAACAAACAGAGAAGAAUGAAGGCAUACAGAACAUUCAAGGAAACGACAAUGGAAAAGGAAAAGGGAAAGAGGUUUUGGAAUGAAAUGAGAAUUGACUUGAAUUCAAAAAACAACCAUGAAAAUGAAAAUGAAAAUGAAAAUGAAAAUGAAAAUGAAAACAAGAAUGAGAAUGAGAAUGAGAAAUGAAAAUGAGAAGGAGACGGAGAAAUGAAAAUGAAAAUGAAGUGGGUGUAUAUAGAUACAAGUAUAUAAACUUAUACAUCAAUAAUGAUUGUGUUAUUUGUUUUUUUGUGUUUUUUGGUCUUGAAUUAUUCUUGACAUAAGUUUAGUUUAAAAGAUUUUUAUUCUGAAUACAUAAUGUAAGCUUUUUUUGAUGUAAUUUUGGUUUUUUGAAGUACAUAACUUGAUUUUUUUGGGGUAAUAAUUGAGAAAUUCUUUAACUUUUGUUGGGUUUGGUUUAUAACACUAACACAUGAGAGGUUUUUAUUAAUGGAUAUAAGUUGUACAUUUAGAGUAUC